AUGACGACCCAAAUCCUCGCCGGCAAAACCUGCCUAAUCACCGGUGGCGCUGGUGGCCUAGGAAAAGCAAUCGCAAGCCAAUUUUUAGAAGCAGGCGCCAACGUCGUAGUCUGUGAUAUCAACGACGAGCGUCUGCAGCAGACUUCCGCAGAAUUAUCAUCCAAGGGUCCGCUCAAGGCUAUCAAGACGGAUAUCACCAACACCGCCGAAGUAGAAGGUCUAUUCGAGACUCUCAUUGGAGCAUUCGGCAAGAUCGAUGUCCUGGUCAACAACGCCGGCAUCAUGGAUCACUUUGAUCCUAUCGGUGAUUUGGACAUGGAGCUAUGGGAUCGUGUCAUUGCGCUUAAUUUGACUGCACCGGCUCUACUGAGCAAAUUUGCUAUUCGCAAUAUGCUUGAACAGGAGGUUGUUGAUGGAAGGAUUAUAAAUAUUGUUUCUGUUGCUGGAAAGGCUGGAUGGGCUAGUGGAGCUGCUUAUACAGCCAGCAAGCACGGUCUUGUUGGCUUGACUAAAAACACGGCUGCUUUCUACGGUACCAAGGGUAUCAAGUGUAAUGCGUUGAUGAUGGGUGGUAUGAAUACCAACAUUGUUGAUGCGUUCAAGACUGGAAUGCAUAUGGAGGGGUAUCAGAAGAUGGCGUCGAUUCUGGAGUCCAUCCAGACGCCCCAUGUAGAUGUUGAUGAGGUUGCUGGGUUCUGUGUUAAUAUGACCUAUGGCAAGGGUGCUGGGCAGAUUAAUGGGGCUACUAUUGCUAUUGAUAAUGGUUGGACUUCUAUUGUUGGAUGA